GCUUGGCUAUGGUGGAUGGGUGAAGGAGGUAGAGGAGGAAGAAGGUGUGAAGGUGCCUGACUAGGGCGAAUGGGUGAAGGAGGUGGAGGUAGAAGAAUGCGCGAACGUGUUUGGCUAUGGUGGAUGAGUAAACGACGUGGAAAUGGAAGAAGGUGUGGAGGUGCUUGGCUAUGGCGGAUGGGUGAAGGAGGUGGAGGUGGAAGAAGGUGUGAAGGUGCUUCGCUAUUGUGGAUGGGUGAAGGAGGUAGAGGUGGAAAAAGGUGUGUACGUGACUGGCGAGGGUAAAUGUGUGAAGGAGGUGGGAUUGGAACAAGAUGUAAAGGUGCUUGCCUAUGGUGGAUGGGUGAAAGAGGUGGAGGUGGGAAAAGGUGUGAAGGUGCUUGGCUAUAGUCGAUGGGUAAAGGAGAUGGAGGUGGAAGAAGUGAAGGAGGUGGAGGUGGAAGGUGUGAAGGUGCUUACCUAUGAUGGAUGGAUGAAAGAGCUGGAGGUGGAAGAAGGUGUGGAAGUGCUUGGCUAUGGUGGAUGGGUGAAGGAGGUCGAGGUGGAAGAAGGUGUGAAGGUGCUUGGCUAUGGUGGAUGGGUGAAGGAGGUAGAGGAGGAAAAAGGUGUGAAGGUCGAAGAAGGUGCUAAGUCACUUGUCUAUGGCGGAUGGAUGAAGGAGGUGAAGGUGGAAGAAGGUGUGGAGGUGCUUGGCUAUGGUGGAUGGCUGAAUGAGGUCGAGGUGGAAGAAGGUGUGAAGGUGCUGGGCUAUGGUGGAUGGGUGAUGGAGGUAGAGGAGGAAGAAGGUGUGAAGGACGUGGGGGUGGAACAAGGUGUGAAGGUACUUGGCUAUAGUGGACGAGUGAAGGAGGUGGAUGUGAAAGAAGAAGUGAAGGUGCUUGGCUAUUGUGGAUGGGUAAAGGAGGUGGAGGUGGAAGAAGGAGGUGGAGGUGGAAGAAGGUGUGAAGGUGGGUGGAUGGAGGAGGUGGAGAUAGAAGAAGGUGUGAAGGUGCUUCGCUAUUGUGGAUGGGCGGAGGAGGUAGAGGAGGAGGAAGGUGUGAAGGUGUCUGACAAGGGUGAAUGGGUGAAGGAGGUGGAGGUGGAAGAAGGUGUGCAGGUGCUUUGGGUAUGGUGGAUGCGUAAAGGAGGUGGAGGUGGAAGAAGCUGUAAAGGAAGUGGAGGUGAAAGAAGAUGUGGGGAGGUACUUCGCUAUGGGGGAUGGGUGAACGAUGUAGAGGUGGAAAAAGGUGUGAAGGUGCUUGGCUAUGGUCGAUGGAUAAAGGAGGGCGAGGUGGAAGAAGGUGUACAAUUGCUUGGCUAUAGUGGAUGGGUGAAGGAGGUGGAGGAGGAAAAGGGGGUGAAGGUGCUUGGCUAUGGUGAAUCGGUGAACGAGGUGGAGGUGGAAGAAGUUGUGAAGGUGCUUGGCAAUGGGGGAUGGGUCAAGGAGGUGGCGGUGGAAGAAGGUGUGAAGGUGUUUGGUUAUGUUGAAUGUGUGAAGAAUGUGGAGGUGGAAGAAGUUGUAAAGGUCUUUGGCUAUGGUGGAAUUCUGAAGGAGAUAAAGGAGGAAGAAUGUGUGAAGGUGGAAGAAGGUGUGAAGGUGCUCGACUAUGCUGGAUGGGUGAAGGAGGUGGAGGUGGAAGAAGGUGUGAAAAUGCUUGGCUAUGGCAGAUGGAUGAAGGGGGCAGAGGUGGAAGAAGGUGAGGAGGUGUUUUGCUAUGGUGGAUGGGUGAAGGAGGUCGAGGUGGAAGAAGGUGUGAAGGUGCUUGGCUAUGGUGGAUGGGUGAAGGAGGAGGAAGAAGGUCUGAAGGUGCUUGGCUAUGGUGGAUGCGUAAAGGAGGUGGAGGUGGAAGAAGGUGUAAAGGUGUCUGGCUAUGGCGGAUGGGUGAAGGAGGUGGAGGUGGAAGAACGUGUGAAGGUGUUUCGCUAUUGUGGAUGUGUGAAGGAGGUGGAGGUGGAAGAAGGUGUGAAGGUGCUUACCUAUGCUGGAUGGAUGAAGCGGGUGGAGGUGGAAGAAGGUGUGAAGGUUCUUGGCUAUGGUGGAUGGGUGAAGGAGGUCGAAGUGGAAGAAGGUGUGAAGGUGCUUGGCUAUGGUGGAUGGGUGACACAAGCGGUUAUCAGGUAGCUGAGAAUUCAGGAAUGAAAAUUCUGAAGUGAG